GCGCCCUCUCAGGACGGACAAAACACUUUCCUGGAGUUCGAAAGAGCGUCACGAAUUCCGUGUACUUUUUUGAGUUUUUUUGGCGCGACUCAUUCCGCACUAUUUUGUUUAAAAACAUUUUUAAUCAAACAUAAUUAAGUGCGUUAGAAGUUGGUCACGGGUUUUCUUUUUUUUUUGUGUUGAUUGCUGGUUUCAUGGAUAGUUGGGAAAAGUUCGGCGAAGUGAUGCGUUGAUUUUGCGAGACUGAGUACAUGCGUCUAAAAGAAAUAUCAUGGUGGACUACCAGCUGUUCCAUACGAAUUCGUCUACCGAUUAUCCUCUCGAAUACAAUUCGAGCCAAUAUCCGUUCGACGGCAAUUUCAGUUUAGAAGCCGGAAACCAAUUUAUUCUACCAGUAUGGCGUCAGGUAUUGUGGAGUAUCCUCUACGCCGGAAUGGUUAUUGUGGCCACGGGAGGCAAUCUGAUCGUUAUUUGGAUAGUGUUGGCGCACAAAAGAAUGAGAACUGUCACCAAUUACUUUUUAUUAAAUCUCUCAGUAGCCGACACAAUGGUUUCGACGCUAAACGUCACCUUCAACUACGUCUACAUGUUAUAUUCCCACUGGCCCUUCGGAGAACUCUACUGCAAAGUCAGCCAAUUUAUAGCGGUAUUGUCUGUUUGCGCUAGCGUAUUUUCUUUGAUGUCUAUCUCCAUAGAUAGGUAUAUGGCGAUAAUGACUCCUCUAAAACCUCGCAUGGGUAGAAUGGUAACGUUAGUUCUAGCUCUUCUCACGUGGAUUUUGGGUAUCAUUAUAGGCAUGCCCUCACUGCUUUACUAUAAAACUUACCGGGACACUUAUUCAAAUGGCGAGGAACGUGUGAUAUGUUAUCCAGAAUGGCCUGAUGGCAUAAGUAAUGAGAGCCUGUACGAAUAUUACUUCAAUGUGGCCUUUCUGGUAAUCACCUACCUAGUACCAAUUUUGUCGAUGACGUACACUUAUGCUAGGAUAGGAAUCGAACUGUGGGGCUCUCAAAGUAUAGGAGAGUGCACACAAAGACAAAUGGAUAAUAUUAAAAGUAAAAGAAGAGUAGUAAAAAUGAUGAUGGUGGUGGUAAUAAUUUUUGCAGUAUGCUGGCUUCCUUACCAAUUAUACUUCAUUAUAAUUGCCUACUAUCCUAAAAUAACCAGAUCGAAGUAUAUUCAAGAAACAUUCCUGGCAAUUUAUUGGUUGGCUAUGAGCAAUAGCAUGUACAAUCCCAUUAUUUAUUGUUGGAUGAAUGCCAGAUUUCGGAGAGGCUUCAAGCAGUUCUUUUCAUGUUUACCAUUCGUUCACGUUAGUCCAGGAGCAUUGACAAGACGUGAAGUACUUACAAGCAAAAGGAGAUCAUAUUCAGGAUCACCAGAUCAUAAUAGGAUUAUUAGAAAUGGAACCGUCCGAGUCUUCUACAACCAACAAACCUCAGUAGCAGCUGGUACUCGUCCUUCGCCCUCGUCCUCUACCAACACGUGCUACAGUCACGUGCCCGACGAAGUGAUGAUGCGCCGUUGCGAGAUGCGUCAGUUGUCUUGACAGAGGGCGAAUUCCAGUAACACUGGCAACAGCGGCAACGUUACCUCGACCAAUGGCAACGGCACAAGUGGAGGUUCUCAAAGAAGGACUUGGAUAUAGGGAGGGGCGUCCUCACGGGAACGGCGACUAAGCGUGAAGCCCCGUGAGGAUGAUAUUGUUGAGGAGGAAAGUAAAUUGUAAUUUUUUUUUUAUAUACGCCAAACAAACACAUUUUGAAAAGUCGUCAUUAGUGCUUUAAAUAUAAAGAGGCUGGGCAUUAAAUCUAUCUCAAUUGAAGUACCAUAUCACAACGAAUUAUUAGGUUCUAUUUAGUUUCAAAUAAAAAUGAAACAGCUACACGGAUCCAAUAAAUAAUGAAAACGCAUAACAAAGUUCCUUAAAAACUUUUAAAUUUAGUUAGUUCCAGUACUCAGUUUCACGGAUGUAAAAAUUGUAAAAAAUUGCCAUAAUUACUUGUAAGGGUUUAUGUUUUUAUAUAGUGAAGCAAUGUCGGAAACAUAAAUAGCCAGAAAAAUUACUUAAAAAUGUUUUUAAGCAAUUUUUAUUGGCCAAAUUGUUUUGCUUUCUAGAACUGUUUUCUGUAAAAUAACGCAGGGAAAACAUAAGCGCUUUUAACUUCAAACAAUGUUUUAGUGUACUCCAGUCAUUUUAAGUAAAUUGUAUUGUUUUUCUAGGGCGAUGGGUGGCAUUUUUACAACAAAAUAACUGGAGUAAUAAGAAUUAAUGUGUCUAUACGAUGUCUUUAUUAAAUGUAUAUUGCUGUAUUGUAUGUAAAAUGCGCUGAAUUUUUUAUUGUUUGAAAUUUUUGCACCCAUUUGAUAAAGUUCAUUGUUAUGAACUGUAAAACCAUAAAGGCGAAUCCAUCAAAAGCGUUUUAAAAUUUCCAAUAGAAUGCUUUUAUAUAGUCGUGUCUCUAUAAACUGAUCGAUGCAUUCUGGAUUUAUUAAACAGUUAAACUUUGACGAGCACCCAUUUUACUUUUCACCUUCAGUUUAUUAGAUACCAACAUUAUUAGUCCUCCUUCCAAUCGACCUGUCAUAUCUAUUCAAAACUGUGUAAUAAUCCAUAUCAAAAUGAUUAUUAUGCCAUUUUACCUUUAAUCCUUGACGACCAAUCUUGUGAUAAACAUUAUAUGAAUAAUAAUUAUUAUUGUUGUAAAGAAAUUUUAUUAUUACAUUAUAUUGUAUUGUAUAUUUGUAAAAAUUAAUAUAUAUUGUAUAUAAAUACGUAUAUGUAUGUAUGUACCUAAGUAUAUAUUCUUUAUUAUUGUUUCAAAUGUAAAUUCAAUUUUGGACUUCGAUAGCUUUACAAGAGUCGUAGUAUGCCUGCAACAGUUGGCUUCAUAGAUCGUGCGGUGGAAAAUAUUGCAAGUUUUUCUAGGAUACGGAAUUCCAGAAACGAAAGAAAAUAUAAGGUAAGGGUUUCUUUCUAUGCAGGACUUCGCUUUAUCUGGCUCAAAAGACCAUGGAUAGAGUUAAUUUGUUGUUAUGUAAGAAAUUAGUGUAAGUACAGGGUGUUUUUUUAUAUAUUGACACUCCACCUACAGCCUUUACCUUUACAGGUAGAUGAAAGGUGUAAAUACAAAAGUUGUACAGUAUUGUAGCCGAACGCCCCAAGUACUCUAUGUUAAUAGUUAGAUGGUAAAUGGCGAGCGGUAUAUUGAAGGUGUUAUUCAUACUUGAAGCUGCUAUCUCAAAUCUGUGGAAGAGGGUCUAUUUGCAAGAGAGAGAAACAAACUAAUGAGGUGUACUAAAUUAUUUUUUAUUAUACAUAAAACUAUAAAAUUAAUACUUCACAUCCGUUCUAGAUUGUUAUUUUUACGGACCACUGAAAUAUCCCUACUAAAUAAGAAAAAUUCCUACUAUUCCUCAUAACUUAUAAGUUAACUUAUUUCAAUACUUCCGAUUCAUUCCUAAUAAACUACCCUUCACCUAAUUAUAUAAAUUCUUUGAAAUCUCCAAGUCCUUUACUGAUUGCCUAAAAAAACCCAAAAUAAUUACCUAUUUGUUUAUCAAUAUAGGUAUCACUAACUUAUUCUUAUAAAACCUUACAAUAAUUUCUACUUGAAAAAUAAAACCCUAAUUCAAAAUUCAUUUCAGUUCAACAUUAAGUUUCUUUUCAAAAUUUUCUAUUUCAUUUAUUAGUUUAUUUAUUCAGAACAAAUUCUAUUAUAAGUUUCCUUUAACAACUUUCCAAUAUUUUAAGACAAUUCUAUUUCAUGACCUUCAAGUUUCUUUUCAAAAUUUCCUAUUUUCUUUAAUAGUUUAUUUAUACAGAACAAAUUCUAUUAUAAGUUUCCUUUAACAACUUUCCAAUAUUUUAAUCCAAUUCUAUUUCAUGAACAAGUUUCUUUUCGAAACAUCCUAUUUCCUUUUUAACAGAACAAAUUACUAUCAUAAGUUACCUUUAACAACUUUCCAAUAUUUUAAGACAAUGCUGUUUUUCAAAAUUUCCUAUCCCAUUUAAUUAGAACAAUUACAAAUUCUCGCCAUCCCGGCUAACAUACAAAAUUAUUUAAAUUCUUAUGAGUUCGUUAUUAUAGCCCCUAGUUUUCACUUGGACAAUCCAGUUCAAACUUAUUUAAUAAUCCCUACUCAAAUCGAAACUAUUUAUGUUCUGUUAAAAGCAUUAUAAAUUCCCUUCAUACUUUCUUUGCACAAUUAAAUGUCAUUAUAUCUGAAGGCAAUUAAAGUUAUGCAAUAAUGUUCCAUUUAUAAAACACUCGAGUUAUUAAUUUUAAUGUAAUAAAGUUCCACAGUGAUUAGAAGUCAAAAGUUUUUCUAGUAAAAUUCACACAAAGUCAUGUUCAUCAUUCAAAAAUAAAUCUUGUCACUAUAGAGUACUUACAUUUUGUCCAUAAAACACAAAACUAAUCUAAUUUUGAUUACUUAGAGCCAACACAUAAUUAUUGAACGAAUUUCAAAUGUUAUUACUUUCCCAAUUUUCCGUACUUUUCUAAGUUAAAUCGAACGCGUUUUCCGAGGCAGCUUCGCGAAUUUUCAAGCGGACAAACUCGUUUGGUGCUGUAGACUUUUACUCAACUGGACUGUUAGCUGGCAACUAACUUCUCCUUCUAAAAACGCGGUAUUUAUAUAAAAAUUCGAUGCUCCCAAAUCUCUUUGUCCAUGACAAUUAAGAUGAUGCAACUUCCUUGGAAUUUUAUAUCAUUUUUAGCCUGAAACCGAUUAAUUAUGUCGCAAUAUUCUGAUUUAUUGAGGUCAAAACGUUAUGGGUUCAAGAAUGCCAUACUUCAUUCGAAUUAAUUAGGUACGCCGAUGGCCUUCGCUAACAAAAAAGUUCAUUGAUCGGUUGUUAGUGAUGUCACACUGUCCUCGUUAUUAUUAUUUUUAAGAAUUUAAUUUAGAUGAUGACAGAGGCUGGUGUCGAAUUACGUUAGCGUUUAUUUGUUUCAUUUUUAAUUUAUCGAUACAGAUUUAAAAAUACCGGAAUUUAAGUUUUUGAUUAUUUGAUAAUUGUUUAAUUUUUUACAGUAAAGACAUUGUGAUUCACGGGUCUAAUUUCUGGAUCAUUACAGUAUUGACUAAAUUUUCAGAAUCCAUGGUCAUUUGAAAAAAGCUGGAAGUAUGCAUAAUUUUAAAUUUCUGAUAUUCAAAUUUUGUUUCUGACCAUGAUUUCUAAAAAUUCAGUUAAAGCUGCACAACUUUUGUAUUUACAUCUUUCUUCUACCUGUAAAGGUAAAGGCUUUAGGCGGGGUGUCAAUAUAUAAAAGAACACCCUGUACAAAUAAGUGGAUUAUUGCGGAACUUAUGAGUGGACCUUUACCUCAUCUAUCCCCAAUAUACUGUUGAACUAUCCAAAUAAGACUCUCACCUGAAACGUUUAAUUUUUGAACUAAUGAGAAUGACUGACAUUUAAGUGAGUCAGGUUAGUAUUGUACUUGAACAACAUAUUGGUGAAUAGAUGGCUGGGUCCGGGUCCAUCCAUAAGUUCCGCAAUAAUCCACUCGUUUGUACUUGAAUAACUUGUCACAAUAUAGGUGUUACUAGUUUGGUAAAGUAACAUUACUAAUUCCUGUUGAAAGGUGAAUUGACAAAAAGUAGAUAAUCUCACAAAUUUUCACUUUCUAUAAUAAGUUAUUGCUCAAGUACAAAUAAGUGGAUUAUUGCAGAACUUAUGGGUGGACCUCUGCGGGACGAGCGCAGCGAGUUCCGCAGCCAUCUACUCACCAAUAUACUGUUGAACUGUUCAAGUAAGACAUUCACUUGGAACAUGUAGUUUUUAAGCUAAUGAGAAUAACUCACAUUUGAGUAAAUCAAGUAUGUAUCUUAAUUAAACAACAUAUUGAUGAAUAAAUGGCUGCGGAACUCGCUGCGCUCGUCUCGCAGAGGUCCACCCAUAAGUUCCGCAAAAAUCCACUCGUUUUUACUUGAAUAACUUGUCACAUUACAUUACUAGUUUGGUAAAGUAACAUUACUAAUUCCUGUUGAAAGGCAAAUUGACAAAAAGUGGAUAAUCUUACAUAUUCUGACUUUAUAUAAUAAGUUAUUGUUCAAGUACAGGGUGUUUUUUUAUAUAUGGUCACCCCACCUACAGUCUUCAUCUUUACAAGUAGAUGAAAGCUGUAAAUACAAAAGUUGUAGAGUAUUGGCUAAAUUUUUAGAGUCCAUGGUCAGAAAUGUGAAAUGUUUUUUCAAUUUCCUGAUUUCAAAACUAUAUAGUUUGUCUGUAUUUGAUUGAGCCGUCUCCAACAUAUUUGGUUCUAGAAAUUUCAAAAGUACCUCAAAUUUUACUUGCAGCGUUCACCUGUACAGGUAGAAUGGUUUACAAAAUCAGUAUAUAUGAGAGAUUGUUCAAUCAACUGGGGUAUUGUGCUCUUCAAGAAUAUAAAAUGAAAUAUAGGGCAUCCCAUUUGAAAAAAGCUGGAAGAAUGCAAAAUUUCAUAUUUAUGACAAUCAAAAUUUUGUUUCUGACCAUGGUUUCUGAAAAUUCAGCCAAAACUGUACAACUUUUGUAUUUACACCUUUCUUCUACCUGUAAAGGUAAAGGCUGUAGGUGGGGUGUCGAUAUAUAAAAAAAAAACACCCUGUACACGAAAUUUAAAGAGUCUGACCACAUUUCCUUUUCUAAAAGAGUGUAGCAUAGAAAGAAGCCCUUUAAACUUCAUAAGACUGUUACGAGUAUGAAAACUUCACCAAACUACACAAUUUGUUUCUACAUCAAACGAGAUAUUAUAUAAGAAAAUCGGUGAAAUAAUAACCUACUAACAAAGAUAAAGUGCGGGCAAUAGGUACCUAUAUCUCCAUUUAUAGAGCUAUCCAAUUCCAUAUUACUUAUCUCUAGUAUUACCAUUGUAUCUAUAAAUACAGGGUAUAUUUUAUUACAGUAAAAGAUAUACGGUUUAUUAUAUUAUGUUGUUAAAAUAGAAGUAAAAAUUUUAAAAAUAACAUGCACAAAUUAUAACUAAAAAAAAACACCUUUAAUGUAAAAAACAAAAUAACUUUUUAGGCAAUUUAUGUGUCCUGAUGAUACUUAUUUGGCGUGUCAAGUAGUGUAUCGGAAUGUGUCCACGCCAUUUUGUUGGUAAAUGUUAUCUACAAAUGAAACUACAUAAUGUGAAAUAA